GCCAAAGACAUCGUGUUAUCGCGUGCAUCCAUUGAAAGUCAAAGGACCUGUGACUGCGGACUCCUGAACCCCCGACGUGAAGCCGCAGCACACGACGACGUAGCCUUUCCGCACGACAGCAAACAUGGCCAAGGGAAAGAGGUUGCACGUCUUGAGAAGGCCGAAAUUGCGCCAGUCGUGGAACAAGUACAACCUUUACAACAUCUGGCGGCAAAGGGAUCCCAAGAUUGGCCUGUCCGACCAAGAAACCUUCUUCCAGCAGAAAUGGCGGGCCAAGGGUCUCCUGCGAUCCUACCACGGCGAGCACAUGAAGGAGCGCGACUGGGAGCGCAUGUUCAGCCGCCGCCUCCUCUCCGUCGCCAACAUGGAUCCCCGAUACAUGGCCGAGUUCGACGGCAGCGAGAAGGCGGCCGGUCGAGGUUCCGGCCAGGACGAGACCCCUCUGUGGGACGCCAAGGAGAUCAAGCCCAAGACCAUCACGCCCUACAUGAACAUGGCCUUCUCCCCCAUGGAGAGGAGACUGGACAUUGCCAUUUUCAGAGCCAUGUUUGCCAGCAGCGCGAGACAGGCCAGACAGAUGUGUAUCCACGGCGCCGUCAAGGUCAACGGUAAAAAGAUGCCCUUCCCCGCCUAUAAACUCAACCCGGGCGACAUGUUCCAGGUUGAUACGGAAAAAGUCAUGUAUGCGACCGGAAAGCCAAAGCCUCACAUCGUCCAGGCUGCUCCUAAAGGCACCAAUGCCGAAGACGGUGCCGAAGACGUUGCCGAAGAAGCCGGAUCCGAAGAGGUCGAGCCCAUCGAGCCAACAGGGGAGGCAUCGGCAGAACCAGCCCCCGAACAAGACCCAGAUACCACGGACAAGCCAGAGCAAAAACACAAUCUCAGCCCCAUGCGCAAGACCAUCGGUGGUAUGGUAAAGCAGGCCAAGGCAGUGCUCGAGAACGAGAAGCUCGGCGUGACCAAGAAGCGAACACUGCGCGGCUUCAUCAAGAAGGCAAAGAAGAUCCAGUCCGAGAGCGGCUCAAACUCGCCUGUUGAUAUCGCCGCCAAGAUCAACUCGUUGAUGUCCGAGCUGAAUCUCGUCGCUCCCGAGCACGGAACCGCCGAGGCACAAACAGGAGAGGCAGCACAACGCAAACCCGCCGUCACGGAUCUCCUGACGCCCGAGGAGAUCAAGACUCUGGAGCGCAAGAUUAAGGAGGAGGAGGACAACCCAUACAACCAGGACAAGCCCUACAUGACGCCCUGGCAACCCAGAGAGUUCAUGAGUCCCUUCGCCUUCGUCCCCCAAUACCUCGAAGUCAACCACAACAUCUGCUCUGCCGUGUACCUGAGGCAUCCAGUGGCCAGAGUAGGCUCUGCCGAGGUGCCAACACCCUUCGGCUACAACAUCAACCAGUUGGCUUUCAACUGGUACCUGAGGAGGCGAUAAACGGCUGGAGAAGCGCGCAACCGGACAUGUUCCGCGAGUGAAUGUAUACUAUAAUGGGAGUGGUCCGGCCAUUCUCUCCUUGGCUCAUCAAAAGGCUUCUUGUCAAUCGAUGCAUGGAGCGAGGACAUUUCCUCCUCCUCCGGACAUUUAGAUAUCAAUGUGUAUAGACAUGUACAUUACGAAAUAAAAAAGUGUAUACCACCCGCCCAUUGCUUGUUCACGUUCGGGCACUCAAGUGUGGGCUUUCUCUCUAUCUCUCUCUCUCUCUCUCUCUCUCUCUCUCUCUCUCUCUC